AUGUCUGGCGGCAAAUCCGGUGGCAAGUCUGCUUCGGCUCCCAAGAACUCGACCUCCCGCUCUUCCAAGGCCGGUCUUCAGUUCCCCGUCGGUCGUAUCCACCGUCACCUCCGCAAGGGUAACUAUGCCCAGCGUGUCGGUGCUGGUGCCCCCGUCUACCUCGCUGCCGUCCUCGAGUACUUGGCCGCUGAGAUCCUCGAGUUGGCCGGAAACGCCGCUCGCGACAACAAGAAGUCCCGUAUCAUUCCCCGCCACUUGCAGCUCGCCAUCCGCAACGACGAGGAGUUGAACAAGUUGCUCGGACACGUCACCAUCGCCCAGGGUGGUGUCCUCCCCAACAUCCACGACUCCCUCUUGCCCAAGAAGACCAAGAAGGGUGGCCCCGCCUCCCAGGAGUUGUAA